UUGCAGGUGCCACACAUGAUGCAAAUGACUAUGGAAAAUAAAUCUUCAGUGUCAGAAUUUAUUCUUAUGGGGCUGACAGACCAACCUGAGCUCCAGCUGCCCUUAUUUGUUCUGUUCUUGAUGAACUACACAGCUACGGUGAUGGGCAACUUGAGCUUAAUGAGUCUCAUUUGCUUAAACUCAAACCUUCACACUCCCAUGUACUUUUUUAUCUUCAAUCUGUCCUUUAUUGACUUCUGUUAUUCAUUAGUCUCUACUCCCAAAAUGCUGAUGAGUUUUGUCAUAGAGAAGAACACCAUCUCCUUCAGAGGAUGCAUGACUCAGCUGUUUUUCUACUGUGUUUUUGUGAACUCUGAGAGUUAUGUACUGACAGCAAUGGCCUAUGAUCGUUAUGUGGCCAUCUGUCAGCCACUUAUGUACAAGAUCAUUAUGUCCCCUAAAAUCUGUUGUCUGUUGCUAUUUGGUUCUUACUUGAUGGGGUUUGUUAGUGCCAUGGUUCACACAGGAUGCAUGGUCAGGCUCAGUUUUUGUGAUUCUAACAUCAUCAACCACUACAUGUGUGACAUCUUCCCUCUCCUCCAACUUUCCUGCAGUAGUACUUAUGUCAAUGAGCUUAUGAGCUAUGUUGUGGUGGGUACAUCUAUCAUUUUAUGCUGCCUAAUUAUCUUAAUCUCAUAUGCUCUGAUCCUCCUCAGUAUCAUUCAUAUGUCAUCAGGUAAGGGUUGGUCCAAAGCCUUGGGUACCUGUGGGUCUCACAUCAUAACUGUUAGUCUCUUUUAUGGAUCUGGGCUGCUUACUUAUGUCAAUCCAUCAUCUGCUGAAUCUGUGGGUCAGGCAAAAUUUUUCUCAGUGUUUUAUACAUUAUUGGUGCCCAUGUUGAACCCUCUUAUUUAUAGCCUCAGGAACAAGGAUGUCAAGCUUGCUGUGAAAAAAACCUGGAAAAGAAUCACAAGCUGA